CAGAAGGAGAAGAAGAAGGAGAAGAAGAAGCGAAAAGGCCGAGCGAGACGGACGAGAAGACAAGCUAGAAGAAAGAGAGGCAGAAAGAGAGGCAGAAGACGAGCGAGGAAGACGCUGAUCGCCCCUCGAGUCGCUCGCCAGCCCGUCCGCGAUGCUCUGGCGCUGCUGAUACGCCAGCCGCCAAAAAGUCCACAGGGGGCCAAACCUCGACCUCUCCAGCCGCCCAGUCAACGUCCAGCAAGUCCCAGCCUGCAGAAGCGCUGACUCGACGCUCUCCCUCCUCCACGCGCACUGCGAAGACCGACCCGACUCUGCCGCCGCCGCCGUCUGUUUCCCCUCGCCCUCGCCCUCGCCCUCGAACCUUGCCUUUGCCUGCCGUGGACUCGCCGGCCAGCGCGAGCCUCGACAGCCAGCCAUGAACCAGCCGCCCAUGGUCUACCACCACCCUCUGCAGCAGCAGCAGCAUGUCCAACAGCAGCAGCAGCAACAGCAUCUCCAGCAGCAGCUUCACCAGCAGCAGCUCCAGGCGCACCAGCUGCCCGUCUCCUCGUCUGUCGUCGGCCCCCACGCGUCGGCCGCCUACUUCCAGGCCGCCCAGCAGCAGCAGCAGCAGCAGCAGCCCCUGCCUGGCGCUGCUCACCAUCUACCGCCGUAUUACCAGAACCCAAGCGCCUAUCCCCAGCCGCCCGCGUCCUUUCAACCGCAGCAGCAGCAUCCCCAGCUCCAGCAGCAUCUCCAGCAGCAGCACCAACAGCACCAACAACAACAGCCGCAGCCGCAGCUUCAGCCGCAGCAGCAGCCAGGCCAUCUCCCGCAGCAGCCUCAGAUCGUCCCUCAGCAUCUCGUUGCCGGCAGCGUAGCUCCCAUGAUGGCUUCAGCUACCCCCAUGUCUCACGUUCCCUUUACCACCCAGCCAUUCACAACAAACCCGAUCAUUCCCAGUUCUAUACCACAGACAGCGCAUCCCCAGCCUGUAAUGGAUGAUAUAUCCACCCGCUCGCCCUCUGCUGACCCUCAGGCCCAGGGCGGCAUGACGACGGCUAUGCCGUCCUCCAAGGCCAUGUAUUCGACCCCAAACCGUCCCACAUCACAGACACCGGCCCAGAUGCAGGGUCCAUCUCAGGCCUCGCCCCGUUUACCCAGACACCCAGCAGCACUCUUUCACCACAGGCAGCCGCCCGCGAGCGAGCGUGCCCGUGUCACUAUUCUUCUAGACAUCAACUCGGCUCUAUUACAGGAAGUGGUCAACCUACAGGCCAGCGGCAAGGCUGGGCCUGCUUCGAACCAACCCAGUACCACGGGCUCCCCAUCGUCGCCCCAGGACGCCCAAAAGUCAAGCAAUGGGUCUGAUAGCGCAAAAGCAGUUGCGCCUGCGGGAAAGCCCUCGCAGGAAUACGUCGACUGCAUGCGCCGGCUUCAGGCAAACCUCGCCUACCUCGCAACGGUGGCAGACCGCGCAAAGAAGACUGGUGCCACCGGGCCCCAGACUCCCGCUAUCAUGACACCGCCACCGCAUCUCCCCUCGCUCAACCAGCUCUACACGUCUCUCAACGAGCUUUUCACCGCUACCACCACCCCUGGAGGCACCACCACCGCCGCUGCCGCCACUACCACUACCACUACCACUGCCCCUGUCCCGACACCAAUGCCACAAACUGGCAUAGGUAGUCCAAUGACUCCCCAGCAACAACAGCAGCAGCAGCAGCAGCAGAUCUACCGGCAGCGCCAGGGCCAGAUUCAGAUGAUUCAACAGCCCGACUUUUCCUAUCCCGGCUCCGCUGCUGGAUGA